GACCAAUUGGCGGAAGAAUAAAUGUGAACGAUGACUUCACACCUAAAAAAUGUUAAUUUGAGACAUAAAGAGAUUGACUUCAAAGCUGAUAAAAAUGGUCUAAGAAAUACCGUUUUUUCUGUUAAUGGUGAUAAAUACAUAGGUGAAUGGAAAAACAACAAGCGUCAUGGUUUCGGUAUAUACGAAUGGAAAAAAUCAAACCUUGUUUAUGAAGGUAAUUGGGAGAACAAUAUGCGAAGUGGAUCUGGUGUUUUGAGUCGGAAAUUUAGGAAUGGGAAACAAAUAAAUGUUUACUCAGGAUCCUGGAAAUACGACAAACGGCAUGGUUAUGGAAACAACUGGUAUUCAGAUAAUAAAAUAUACGAAGGAGAAUGGUACGAUGGGAAACGUUCCGGAUGGGGAAGAAUGUACUACCCUGACGGAAGCAUUUAUGAAGGACAGUGGUUUAAUGAUAAACGGCAUGGAGAUGGGAUGCUUAGAUUGACAAAUGAAAAUAGAUUUGAAGGACAGUGGUUAAAUGACAAAAAGAACGGAAUGGGAAAGUAUUUCUUCCUUAAUACUGGACAAUUAAUGGAGGGAAUAUGGUGUGAUGAUGUACCAAAAUCUUCCCAAAUUCUGGACCUUGGAAGGCAAAUAGCGAAAAGUCCAACGGAGUCUGAAAUACCAGAGAUAAAAUUAAAAGACCCUAAUGGUAUCCUCAAAAAAGUGCAAGAGAAGCUGAUGGAAAUAAUACGUACCAACAACCCAGAGAAUUCCUGAGGGUAAAACCAAAACAAACUGAGCAUAUUUUGUUAUACUUGGAACUGAGAAGCAGUUGUACAAUCAUCUUACUUUGCACGUACACACACCAACAUAAUAAUGAGGAAAUUAACAGUAUAUAAUUUAUUCAGAAAAUAUAUAUGCAAGAUUACAAAGCUUAAAAAUACAAUGAAUUGAUAAACAAAUAUACAAACUCUACAAAGUAAAU